UUGUCUGGAAAUUCCGGAAGCUGCCGCUGUCCCUGCUGCUGUCCCUGCGUUCCUCCUCAAAUCGUGGGUUUGGAUUGUACGUCCCGAGGCUAUGCUGCCAGAGUGCGCUAUGGGUUUACAAGAGCAACAAAAGAUGAGUAAAUCUCUGGACUUGGUAUCAUUUGAGGAUGUGGCUGUGGACUUCACCUGGGAAGAGUGGCAGGACCUGAAUGAUGCUCAGAGGACUUUGUAUAGGGAUGUGAUGUUGGAGACCUACAGCAACCUGGUGUCACUGAGUGAAAAUUGGGAAUACAAUACAUAUGAUGACCUCAUGGAGAGGACCCAAGAAAGCCAUGGUAGAUAUCAGAGAAUUUACGCAGGUGAGAAACCAUGUCAAUGUAAAGAAAGUGGAAAAGCUUUUAACCAAAGGUCAGAUUUCAGCGGGCAUGAGAGAAUUCACACACACAAGAAACCAUAUGAAUGUAGAGAAUGUGGAAAAGCUUUUAGCCGAAAGUUAUACUUAAGCAUUCAUCAGAGAACUCAUACAGGUGAGAAACCAUAUGAAUGUAAAGACUGUGGGAAAGCUUUUACCCACAAUUCAGACCUCAGGAAGCAUGAGAGAAUUCACACAGGUGAGAAACCAUAUGAAUGUAAAGACUGUGGGAAAGCUUUUACCCACAAUUCAGACCUCAGGAAGCAUGAGAGAAUUCACACAGGUGAGAAACCAUAUGAAUGUAGAGAAUGUGGAAAAGCUUUUAGCCAUAAGUUAUCCUUAAGCAUUCAUCAGAGAACUCACACAGGUGAGAAACCAUAUAAAUGUAAAGACUGUGGGAAGGCUUUUACCCACAAGCCAGACCUCAGGAAGCAUGAGAGAAUUCACACAGGUGAAAAACCAUAUGAAUGUAGAGAAUGUGGAAAAGCUUUUAGCCAAAAGUCACACCUCAGCGUUCAUCAGAGAACUCACACAGGUGAGAAGCCGUAUGAAUGCAAAGAAUGUGGAAAAGCUUUUAACCACAAGACAGCCCUCAGCAGGCAUGAAGUAAUUCAUACAGGUGAGAAGCCAUAUGAAUGUAAAGAAUGUGGAAAAGCUUUUAGCCUAAAGUCAUACUUAAGCAUUCAUCAGAGAACUCACACAGGUGAGAAACCAUAUGAAUGUAAGGACUGUGGGAAAGCUUUUGCCCACAAGUCAGAGAUCAGGCAGCAUGAGAGAAUUCACACAGGUGAGAAGCCAUAUGAAUGUAAAGACUGUGGAAAAGCUUUUAGACUAAAGUCACGCUUCCGCACUCAUCAGAGAACUCACACAGGUGAGAAACCAUAUGAAUGUAAAGAAUGUGGAAAAGCUUUUAGACUAAAGUCACGCUUCCGCACUCAUCAGAGAACUCACACAGGUGAGAAACCAUAUGAAUGUAAAGAAUGUGGAAAAACAUUUAACCAAAAGUCACACCUCAGCUUUCAUCAGAGAAUUCACACAGGUGAGAAACCAUAUGAAUGCAAAGAAUGUGGAAAUGCUUUUAGCCAGAAGUCUCACCUCAGCAGGCAUCAGAAAAUUCACACAGGUGAGAAACCAUAUGAAUGUAAAGACUGUGGGAAAGCUUUUAUCCACAAGUCAGACAUGAGGAAGCAUGAGAGAAUUCACACAGGGGAGAAACCAUAUGAAUGUAGAGAAUGUGGAAAAGCUUUUAACCAAAAGUCAAACCUCAGCAUUCAUCAGAGAACUCACACAGGUGAGAAACCAUAUGAACGUAAAGAUGGAAAAGCUUUUAACUACAAGUCACAGUUCAGCAUUCAUCAGAGAGGUCACACAGGUGAGAAACCAUAUGAAUGUUAAGGAUGUGGAAAAGCUUUUAGGCAAAAGUACUUCAGCAUUCAUCAGAGAACUCACACAGGUGAGAAACCAUACAAAUGCAAAGAAUGUGGAAAAGCUUUUAACCAAAAGUCACAUCUCAGCAGCCAUCAAAGAAUUUGCAUAGGUGGGAAACCAUGUGAACAUAAGGAAUGUGGGAGAACAGUUUACUGGAACUCAUCAUAAUAGACAUGAACAAAUUCACACAUUGGAAAAUUCCAAUUAAUGUAA